UUGGUAAGCAGCCAUGAGCUAAUGUUAUAUAUUAUGUCAUUCCUGUUCACCCACAGUAUAGACAGGUUAUAUUGUUGACUUUAACACGACAAAUGAUUAAUAUUUGAUAGUUUCCCACAAUGGAGGCUUCUCAGGUUUCAGACUGUGAGCUGCUGUCUAUUAUUCAACGAAGCUCAGACAUGGAGGAGUCCAGCGACUUGUAUGAUGUGUAUGAUGCAAUCAGCCCUGCUCCAUGGGCAGAUAACCACCAACAUAUGGAGGAUCUGGACAAUGUGGAGUGUCUCAGAAGGAAGAUCAAAUAUUACUUCAUGAACCCCUGUGAGAAGUACCAUGCUCGCGGCCGAAAACCAUGGAAACUCUUCCUGCAGAUCAUCAAAAUUGCCAUUAUAACUAUCCAGUUAGUGUCUUUUGGGCUGAGCAACCAGAUGGUUGUCACGUUUAAGGAGGAAAAUCUGAUGACAUUCAAGCACCUCUUCCUUAAAGAUUAUGUCGAUGGAGGCAUGGAUACGUACGCUGUUUACAGACAGGCCGAUGUUUAUGGUCACAUUGAUUACAUCAUUCGACAGUACGGACACCUGCACAACAUCACAGUAGGCAAUCACGCAUAUGAGAAAAAUGGCACUUUCUACACCCCCCUGUCAGUGUGUCAGGAGUUUUACAGGAAUGGUACCAUCUUCCCAGGAAGUGAGACCUUUGAAAUUGAUGCCCAGGUGGACACUGACUGCCGUGAAAUAUAUCCAAUGUAUCAGCCAACAUUGCGGGACUCACUGUCAGAUUUUGAAAUUCAUUUCAAAAGGAUGAUUUCCGUCAAAAUAACAUUUGUCCUGAAGGCCAUAAAUUUACAGACAGUGAGACAUCGAGAGCUGCCAGACUGCUACGACUUCAAUGUAACUAUCACUUUCAACAACAAGGCUCACAGCGGCCGGAUAAAGAUCGACCUGGAAAAUGACGUAGACAUCAAUGAAUGCAGAGACUGGAAAGUAACCGGAGCCGCUGCCAGAAACAUAAACCUGACUGUGCUGUUUGACUGCCUCAUCAUCAUCACGUGUCUCACUUCCUUCAGUCUCUGCACACGCUCAGUGAUGAAAGGGAUCCAGCUGCUGUUUGAGUACAAACACUACUGCAAGAACCACCUCAGUAAAGACAUCCCCUGGUCGGACAAGUCAGAGUUUGUGAAUGGUUGGUAUAUCCUGAUCAUCGUUAGUGACACACUGACCAUCAUCGGCUCCAUUCUCAAGAUUGAGAUUCAGACAAAGGUCCUCACAAGUUAUGACGUGUGCAGCAUCUUCCUCGGGACAGGCACCAUGUUUGUCUGGAUUGGGGUCAUCCGCUAUAUGGGCUAUUUUAGAAAGUAUAACAUUCUCAUCUUGACACUCCGGGCAGCUUUCCCGAAUGUAAUCCGCUUCAUCUGCUGUGCUGGAAUCAUCUACCUGAGUUACUGUUUUUGUGGCUGGAUCGUCCUCGGCCCGUAUCACGAGAAGUUUCGGACCUUGAACACGGUGUCAGAGUGUCUGUUCUCUCUGAUCAACGGAGAUGACAUGUUCCCCACCUUUAAGAACAUGAAGCAGAAGAGCAGCCUGGUGUGGACUUUCAGCAGGGUCUACCUCUACACUUUUGUGUCGCUCUUCAUCUACAUGAUCCUCAGCCUCUUCAUCACCAUCAUUACCGACACCUAUGACACCAUCAAGCAGCAGCAGCAGAGUGGAACCCCGACAUCAGAGCUGCAAAAGUUCUUGUCUGUGUGUAAAGAUCUGCCAAAUUCUGGGGUGUACAGACUCGAGGAGAACAACAGCUGCUUCUUAGACCAGUGCAUCAACAGGUUCAGGAAGCAUCAAGAGAGGCUGACUUCAGAGGCAUAGCAGGUGUUUGAUGUGAAAAUACCUGAAGACUAUACUUUAUAAACCAUAACCAAUACUUAAUGUGCACUUUAUACUAUUAGACUCAGUUGAUGGUCUUUAUCAUACGGGCCCCAGGUUUGCUCAAGUGAUUUUAAGUUGUAGUGCUGAAAGGACCGAACUUCAGUGGACAUGAAGGGCUCAAAUAGAGUAACUUAGAUACUUAAAGGGAUAGUUCACCUUAAAAUCCAUAGCAAUAAUUUUCCUUUUAUCUGCGGUGCUCUCAACCAUCUGGACUGUAUUUGUGUGAGUUGGGAGAUAUCUCUUGUAGACAUGUCUGCCUGUUCUCAGAUAUCAUGAGGCAAGAUUGCACUCUUGUGUUGCUCAUAGCUCCAAAAAAUAUUUGAAAAACUCCACAGCAUUGUCUCUUUCUAGAGAUCAUGACCCAGUUACUUAAAGUAAUCCACAGAUUAUUUAUUGUGAGUGGUUUCAUUUUGGAACAGUUUUCUUUCUUCUAAACCUAAAUUAAACCCACCAAAUGGAUCUGCCUACUCAGCAGAGGAGGACACCAUUAAUGUUUAAAUCCCACACUGUCAAAAGCACAAACCGGGUCAUGACUUCGGAAAUAGAAACGCUGCUUCUUUUUCAUAUGUAUUUUUCUUCUGGGUCUUGAAGCACCAGUGCCAUUAUAUGUAAUAGAAGGCAGACAUCUCUACAGCUCUCGUCUCCAAAACUCUGCAAUUCACACCAAAACCAUCUAGGCAAGUAAUAGCACCACAGGUAAGGGGAUGAUAUUGUGAUUUUGGGGUGAACUGUCACUUUAAGUCCCAUUCUCAAUAUGAUGCACUGAUACAGAAAACGCUUUGUAAAUAUUAUUUAUAUUGACAUGUCAAUGAAAAAAAAGGUUGUGACAUGAAAUUUAAAAUUAUUGCUCUCCAAAGCAUAUCACCUGGAAGGACCUCAUGUGAAUCAAAUGAAUUAAAGACAUGAUUUAAA